AUGCCGCCAUUUUGCAAAAUAGCUGUCAUACAGCUCUAUAUUAGACCCCUCAAGCCCGAGGACAACUUCGCUCGUGCCGUGAAAUUCAUUCGCGAUGCCGCAGCACAAGGAUGUCAACUAGCCGUCCUGCCCGAAUUCCACUUAACAAACUGGAUCCCGACAGACCCCCGCUUUGCCGCCAUUUGUGAAGAUUGGGAGACCUAUCUACACCGAUACCAAUCGCUCGCGAAAGAAUGUAAUAUCUGCAUCGUCCCCGGGUCAAUUGUCCGACCCAUAUCUACAUCUGCAGCAUCCAUAAACAAACCCGACCAGAAUCCCGCAAAACCAGUACUUGAAAACGCCACCUUCUUCAUCUCAAACACCGGCGAGAUCCUGGGGACCUAUAUCAAAAAGAAUCUCUGGCGCGGAACAGAAAGAACCUACCUCCGCUCCUCCUCAGCUCCGCACGAGGUCAUCCAAACCCCCCUAGGACCGGUCGGGCUCCUCAUCUGCUGGGACCUCGCCUUCCCCGAAGCAUGGCGCGAACUGACGUCCGCCGGCGCGAAAAUCAUCAUCGUGCCUACGAUGUGGCUGCGCAAUGGCGCCUCCGAGGCAGGCCAAGCCCAGAAUUUAGCUGCCUCGUCUCUGUUUGUGGAUAGUAUACUGACGGCGCGUACGUUCGAGAAUACCUGUGCCGUCGUGUUUGCCAAUGCGGGCGGACCGCCUGGGAAGGCUUAUUGUGGUCUUUCGCAGAUUAAUAUUCCGUAUGCGGGGCCGUUGGUGAGGCUGGGUACUUCCACGGAAGGGAUGGGAGUUGCGACGCUUGAUAUGGCGGUUAUGGAUGAUGCGGAGGAGAAUUAUGGGGUUAGAGCUGAUAUGGCGGAUCCUGAUUGGUGUUAUAAGCAUACGCUUAGAGAUACUGGUGAGGUUGCGAAGGGGAAGUUGUAG